AUGGCCGAAACACGCAAACCGCCGGUGUUUUCCCCAAAAACUCUGUACCAAUUAAGUGCAUCGGCGAUAGCGAACAAGUUUCGCUUCAUGAGGAGGUAUCUCACCGAUCUGCCGAAUGAAAUGCUGUUCGAUAUUUAUCAUCAGUUGUACAAAGAAAAAAGAUUAUGUCGACUGGGAAUUGAUUUCAGCAAUUUAGAGAUCUUCUCCAAGAUGCUGACAGUCACCAGUCGCCGUACAGGCCUAUUACAAAUUUGUCAGGCUCUCAUAGAUCAUGGAAUACAAAUUGUGGAAGAGUUGGCUAUGAGUUAUUGUCUUCAAGCUAGGGAAGAUGUAGAUAAUCCAGAGAAAGUGAUAAAUCUAGGUCUAAGAAUUGGUGGAUUUUUUAGUGAUGGUGGUUGGUAUGCUAAAAGUGAACAGGUGUUGUUAGCUUGCAAAGAAUUAUGUCUUGCACAUAAUGACAAUUGGUGUAGAACUUUAGAAUGUUACCGCAAAUUGUUACAUGUACAAGCAGCCUAUUGUGUAUUUUCACAAGCAGCAGAAACAUAUCAGCUUGCUGUAGACCUAUUAACACAAAUCAAAGAGGCAGGCUAUAAGUAUUACAAUUGUGCUGCCACAUACACUGAAUUUAGUAUACUUUUCUAUAUGAAGAGUGAAUAUGAUGAGGCUUAUAGGUGGAGUAUAAAAGCACUAAAAGAAUUGAAUCAUACAUUAUCCGCGCGCGUUAUUAUUGAUGUUCUAAGACAGGCGGCAAAAUCGUGUAUAUUAAAGCGUGAAUUUCAAAGAGCUGGUCUGUUGAUCAGAGAAGCUGUGCAUCAUGCCAGAGAAGUAUUCGGAACAAAUCAUCCAGUGUACAGUAAUGUUCUGACAGACUAUGGAUUUUAUUGGUUAAACUUUGAUAAUAUUAUUAACAGUGUAAAUCUUUAUAAGGAGGCAUUAGCUAUUAAAAUAAAAAUAUUCGGUAGAAUGAAUUUACACGUUGCACUGGCACACGAAGAUUUAGCUUAUGCUCUUUACGUAUACGAAUACAGAUCCGGUGAAUUCCCAGAAGCAAGUGUUCACAUACAGAGAGCAAUAGCCAUAAUGUUAAACCUUUUACAUGCGGAUCAUUUGUUGUUAGCGAGCGCAAAACGAAUAAAUGCAUUAAUUCUCGAAGAAAUAGCGUUAGAUAGCACGUCGACACCGUUGUCCAAACAAAAUCUACUGUUCAAGGCUGAAUGCCUUCAUUUAUCCGCUUUGCAAUCGGCGAGAGAGGCAUUCGGCGAGAUAAACGUGCAAACAGCAAAACAUUAUGGAAACUUGGGGCGCGUGUAUCAAAGUAUGAGGAAAUGUAAGGAAGCUGAGGCAAUGCAUCUAAAAGCUAUACGUAUAAAAGAGGAACUAUUAGGACCACACGAUCACGAAGUUGGCCUGAGUAUAGGACAUUUAGCCUCGUUGUAUAAUUAUCACAUGAACCGGUACAGAGACGCCGAAAAGCUUUAUCACAGGAGUAUCAAGAUCAGUUUAAAAUUGUUCGGUAAAAGCUAUAGUGGCUUAGAGUACGAUUAUCACGGACUUUUGUAUGUUUAUAUGAAACUGAAUGAGUAUGAAAAAAUUUUGGAGUACGAAAGUAUAUUGAGCAACUGGAAAAUGCUUAGAGAUAAACACGUGGAAUCUGAAGAGCCACCGAUCGAUCCUAAGGGACGGCCGCAACCAAUCAGAAAUGUAAUUAAGACGUUCUUUUCUAUGUAAUAUAUCUGUAAAUUUAUUAUCGAAUGUUAAUAAUUAUUGACUUUCGCCGAUCGACUCUUAUAUUGAUUCUAAUUUUGAGUUGAAGUAACUCGGGCCAAAGUAUGAAUGAAAUGACGAGUUACACUCUAAAUGACUAGGACUAUUGUAAAUCAUAUAUUCCUGGCAAUAUCGUUAAGAUUAUUCAAACAUAGUCACAUGAACCUCUUCAUGUUUGUACUUUGUACCUCACCAUUUUGUAUGUAUUAAUUAUAUUUUACAGUUAGUUUAAGCAGAAAAUCAAGAAUUUUUAGAGCUGAACGUUUUUGCGUUGCGAUCGAUUUGUCAGCAGCAUUUAGGACGCGUUUUGAUUAUUCAAAAACAUAUUUGUCAUCAAGAGAUUUAUGUACUUUUUAGUUGAUGAUUUACGAAAUAUUAAAAAUUAGAAAAAGUCUCGCGCUCAAAAUUCCAAGUUUAAGAAAAGAAAUAUUCCCAUACACUGCAUGAUUUAUCAGACGACGACUAUA